CUUUCCUCAUUCUUCGAUGUGAUUUUUUUAAUAUAAUAAAUUGUCACAUAUAUUUUUUAAGUAAUAAUUUUUUUAAAUGUGAAUAAGGAAUCAUAGAGUUUUGUGAAUCACAAAUAAUUUUAUCUUUUUAUUGUGACAAUAUUUGUGUGUGCGUGUUUAUAAAAGAUUUGUAUAUCUUCAUAGGUAUAUCAAUGGAGGUGAAACAUAAUAUUUAACAAUUGCAUAACAUGUAUUUGGUGAAAAUCGUAAGUAUGAAUAAUCGAUUUGAUAAAGUGAAAGACUGAGUAAAAUAAAUCACGUGUUCGAUUUUAGUAAAGAAUUAAGUAUCUGCUGAAUAAAAGUAAUCGGAUACAACAUUUUUAUAUUUAGAAUGUAGAUACUAUUGCAUUACAUUAAAACAAUAAUAUUUUAACUUUUAUGCUGAUGCGACUAAGACAGUUUUGUUCCGAUAUAUCUGUGCCAAAAGAAAGCAAUUUUUCCCCGCAUAAAACAUUUUUUUUUAAGGAAUAUUAGACUUAUAAAUGCUUUAAACACAAAAUGAACUAUUUUCAAAACAAUAACUACUUUAGAUGUAUUAUUAGGAUAGUACUGAAAUCGAAAUCAAUUCUGCGAAUCAGCAAGUAUACGUUUUACAAACUUAGUAAUAGUUAACUAGAGUUUUAUGUCUGUGCAUCAUAUUGUAUAAUCUACUUCUAUAUAGUAUAGUAAAGGUAUGAAGAAAUCAGAAGAAGAAAGCGCAUGUUAUGUAAUUUCUAUACCUUUUAUGUGAUAAAUAAUUAAUCCGCAGUUUCCAAAACAAUUUGUCAUAAGAUCGCACACAAAAUUUGUUGAAGUAUUUAUAGUAUUACACAUUAAAUAUAUGAUAUAUGUUACUUCAUAACAUUUAGAGAAAUUUAAAAGAAAUUUAAAUAUUCCAGAUAUUCCAAAUAUAGUCCCUUUACAAACAUAUUUCAAGUCUCGACAAAUUUUUACGAUAUCCAAAACUAUUUAUUAAAUGUACAAAAUAUAUGUGUGCAAUUUACAUGAAAUAAAAGAUAGCACAUUAAUUUUAGUUCAGACUUAGAAAAAUUUCAUUCUGAAUUUUUGUUAACUAUUUUAUUUCAUUGUUGCACUUUCUACCGUGCUUCUUAUGCCGAAGUUUAAUUAAAACUUUAGUGAAUAAUAAACACACACACAAAACCGUAAAACAAAUUCUAAGAAUAUUAAAUGUCACUUAAUCCAUAAAAUAUCCAUGUCCAAAAACCAAACUCAAAUAUGUUUGAAAAGCAACCAUCAAUUUGCCUCGCAUCGACUUAAAUCGAUACGAAGAACCUAUCCCUCUUCUCACGCUGUCCCUGGACAAACCAUUACUACCUCUACCAUUUACGCUGGAAGAGAAAGAAAAAAAUGAAAGAACUUGGUAGUUGUAAAUCGAGUGAUUCGCAGAAAAGACAGAGAGGAAGAUCGAAGAAGCAGAAACCGACGUUUAAACUAUUCACCAAGAACAGCUGGCCGAAGGUAAUGAUAUCUCGCGACAGUAUCAUUAACAAGAAGAUCAAAGAUUCCUCUGGAUCUCCAAGUUUGUCGUUUAUUGAAGAAUCUUCGAGCGAGCUGCAAGGAACGGAAGAAAAAGAUGUCUGUCACGUGGAACAUUUAUAUUCUGAUGAAAAUGCUACGAAUUUCAAGGAGGAACUGGAUGUUUGUUUGAUCAGUAGCUCCAGCGAAAUUCAAGGAAGUCUUAAAAUGAGCGAGACUUCGAGAGGAAACGAGAAGGUUUUGAAAAAGUCCGAUGGGGCAGUCGAAGAAAAUGAUUUUGAUUGCACGCCGGAAGAAAGUGUAAUUUCCGAUACACGGGAACAACAGACGCCUAUUUUUGUUGAUUUAACAGCUGAUGAGAAAAGCACGUGGAAACAAACGAUUUUGAAGCGAUUCUGUGAUGUAAAGGCAGACAUGACGAAUGAAAAGGAAGAUGAGAACGAGAAGUGCACUACGAACAUCGCAUUAGAACCUCGAAUUAUAAUAGCAGAUAGUUCAAGCAAAUUAAAUUGUAAUGGAAACAACAGUUUAGCAACUGCUUUACGAGACCGUGGGCCAUGCUUCAUACCGGUACAACCAAAUCGUUCUUUACCUAUUCUUCCGGCACCAUCCGUACCUACGAGAUUCAUUCGAAAAGAUUCAUCAUCUCUCAUCUUACCAAAAUCUACCGUGGACGUAGUAGAAGUAGAAUUAAUGAAAUCGAACAGUACAUUGUCGAAUAAAAAAGAUAUUAUUUCUAAAGAACAAAUAGCAUCAAAAGAUACCGUGAGCUCGAUGGCUUACUUUGUUCCACAAAUUUCAAGCGUGGAAAGUCUGAGUAUGAUAAAGAAAAGAAAUGAUAACCACAUGGAACACGAGACUAAUGUUAAAGAAAGAAGGAAGAAAAAAAAAUCGCAGGAAGAAAAUUCUAGACAAAAUAAAGAGGAAUAUAUGGAAAGUUCGAUUAAAGAGUUCCUAACAAAUUUCUGUGGCUCGAAUGCAACUGAAGGCGUACAGAAUCUUUGUACCGACAAAUGCGUUAGAGCUGCCUCCACGACGAAAGGAGACGAAAAAAAGGGAAAUAAAUUGGUUCCUCCGUUGAGACUGAAGAAAGUUGUGCAUACAGAAACAGAGAGAUACAACGAUUCUCAAAUCGUCACGGGGUCGGAACACGAAUCAAACUAUAGAAUCAUCACAGACACAGCGUCUCAAUCACCACCUAGUCCAAAUUCUAAUAACUGGAACGAUAUACUCUUCGAGAAAGACACAGAUUUUACCACUUUAAAUACCGAUAACUACAAACUAAAGUACAGGCGAAAUAGACUAAAACAGAAACUGCGUGAACUACGAAAUAAAGCUUUGGAAUUAGCUAAGCAAAUGGCGAGUGACUCGAACUCUCAACAAAAUAUCAGAUUAAGGCAAGUGAUGAAUCGUUACGAGAAGCAAAUAGAAAAUCUAUCAAAAUUACAUAACAGACUGUCUGCAGCCCUGUCGAUCUCUAAGGAAGCGAUUAAUGAAAAUAAUGAUAGCAUGAGUUCUUCUGAUAACAAAUGUCCAUGUAUAAAUUUAAACGAGAGGAACGCAGAUUUUUCAGCGAAUAACAGUUCUCCGGUGUCAUCACCUGAACCACCUAAAUUGUCACCACGAUCAUCUCUAGAUUGUCAUAGUAUUCUGCCAGAAGAGGUUCGAAAUAGUCCACCAAUCUUACCAAAAAUAUGUUUAACUAUCUCGUCGAGUCAAGACUCGGUGGAAGAAGAGUUACAAGUCGUUGAAAGGAAAGUUUGGCCUGUGAACGAAGAAUUGAUGAAAUCAACGUUUUCUACAGAUCCACUUCCUGGGGAUUUAACUGAUUCCGUGGACAAAGAUGCUCCAGAUAUUGAGAAACAUGUGCAGACUAUGCCUGUAGUCCAUAAAAAUAAUAUCAAUGUCGAUAUAGAAAGUUCUAAUUCUAGUGUAAAUAAGAGAGCUUUCAAUUAUUCGAACAAGGUUACUCAAUCACCAGAGAACAACCAUGCAGCCCGGGAAAAGAAAGACGAAAGAAAUAAAUCGACCAAAGGGUUUUCUCAGUGCCGUCUUGUGAUCCAAGAACCAGAAAAAAUCAAGUGUUUGGAGUUUCCGGAUGUUGGACCCAUAAUAAGUUCUGUAGCUAAUUGUGUGGAAAUACCAACAACUGUUCAAGGAAACAAAUCGUUUGAGGUAAUAUCUGCCAAACAGUUCUCUUCGUCAAGGGAUCAUACAGUACAACUUAAUUUUUAUGAAUCCAAUCGAGAGGAAGUACCAGUUUCGACAAAUCAUGAAGACAGUAUAAAUUCGCAAAAGGUUUCAUCGAGUUCGGGUCAGCCAACUCAAUUUGAUUCUUCACAAACGAUGUUGAAUCAGGAAAAGCUCGCGUUGCGACAAAACCGUAAAGGAGAAGAAAUUAUGGCUGAUUCUGUACAGAAGAGUAGCGGAAAUCAUUCUAUAACUGAACAAUUUCCCACUCUUGGUAACUGGUUCGCUCGAAUGUCGAAAAAGCAAGCUUCAAUAACCAAACCCAAAUUGCAAGCCACAGAAAAUGUGCCGUUUGUACCAGGAGAAAACACUACACACCAAAUUUCUGGGUCUGAAAUACCAAAGAUGGUUGGACCUAAUAUCAAUAAUCACAUAAUAAAUUCAACGCCUCAACGCGGUACAGAGAAAUGGCAAUAUCAUCAGCAGCAGCAACUACAACAUGUUGCGGCAUCCGUGACUCUUUCGCAACCUGUUGCAGCAAUUCCUCCUUUACGACCUGGUGCUUGUCCACCACUUCCUAUGACUCAAUUUUACCCGAAUAAUUAUGCUAUCGAUCCUUACAACAGUGCUGCCUUAAGUUAUCAUCCACCAAUUUGUCCUUACGGUCCUUAUCCAUAUCACCCACGAUUACACUCGGGUUCCUUACCAUUUCAUUUCCCUGUGCAAGAAAGCUUGCGAUCAAUGCACCAUAUGGAUAAACGUUUCCCCAUAAUACAAGAUCCAGUUGUAAGGUAUCCCUCACCAUCGACAAACACUAUACAACAUUCGGGUAAUUUGGAGUUUGAUCGUCUUCGAGGAAACUCUACCACUAACAACAUUGGUACCACAACUUGUUUACCAUCGUUAUUUCUAUCACCACCGUCUUUAUCAACUUCUCAUCAGACCCUGCCUCGAAAUUCUUUAAUUAGCUAUCCGACAAACAAUCAAUUUUCUCGAAACAGAAUGAUACCAGAUGUUGUUGCCGCAGCCGCAGCCGCUGCUGUUGUCGCUGCUGCUUCCUUUGAUAGGCAACGAGAUACGUUGACUUAUAAUAGAACCGAAACGGAUGCAUUAUCGCCUACUGGCAUUCCAAAUGUCAUUGACAGAGAACCACCUCACGUAUCGGGCGCUACCAGAUCAAUUAUUAAUCGUGACGUAACUAAUCUAACUCAAGAUAGUAAUUUUAACAAAGAAAGUCAUGAAAACACUAAGUAUCAACAAAUGCAAAAUUUUGUAUUCGACCGAUUGGCAUUUGUGAAAACCACAGAUAAUUUUGCGCAAACAAAUUCAGUUAUUAAUAAUGAUGCGCAGUCGACGAUGACGUCUAUUGUUCCAACAGCACAAUAUCGAAUGCCAUUAAUUCCUUCACAUGCACAAUUAUCGAAAAAUGUAUUAGAAACUGAAACUAGGAAUUGCGAGACACCGCAUCUAGGUAAAGUGAAUCGUAGUCCGAAUAGUUCGCAUAAUCUGACAUGUUCAAAUUGUGGUAUUAUCGGACCAAAGUUUAAAUGUUUAGGAUGUGAAAUGGUCUUUUAUUGUGAUGAACGGUGCCAAGAGAAACAUUGGCAUGUCCACGUACAAAGAUGCCCAAAGAAAAUGCCAAAAUUAAAGAAAGUCACAUAAAAUUAAUUAGGUUAGAAACAUAAACUUCGGAAUAUUGAUUUGAUGCACAAAACGUAUUUUAUGUGGAGUAAAAAAGAUAUUUUUCUAUAGUUUUUUCAUACAAAAGUAAACAUAGUUUUCAAAUGUAGUAUCAUAUAAUAAUGCAACAAUAACAAUAAUAUAUAUGUUUAACAUUUUAUAAUAUAACUUUGUUGUGCAAUAAGACUGGUAUACUUUGUAUCAUACACAUCUAAUAUAGUAAAGCACUACUACAUUCGCACACAUAUGUACCUGAUACAUGUUUAAUAAAAAAAUA